AUUCUUUUUCCCACACCCUACUCCACUCUGCCUUUGUUUCUGUUAACAUUGUUAGGCAAAAAUACAAAGAUGGGUGUUAUCAAGAUCUCCUGCAUUGCCUCAAUCAUGCUCCCACUACUCAUUUCGUUAGCUGAAGCAAGAAUUCCCGGAGUGUACUCAGGUGGCUCGUGGCAAGGUGCUCAUGCCACCUUCUACGGCGGCAGUGACGCCUCUGGCACCAUGGGUGGAGCUUGUGGUUAUGGAAACUUGUACAGCCAAGGGUACGGAGUUAACACAGCGGCGCUGAGCACGGCGUUAUUCAACAAUGGGCAGAGCUGCGGGUCUUGUUACGAGAUCAAAUGCGCCAGCGAUCCACAAUGGUGCCACCCUGGCAGUCCCUCUAUUUUUAUAACCGCUACCAAUUUCUGCCCCCCUAAUUUUGCCCAGCCCAGUGACAAUGGUGGCUGGUGCAACCCUCCCCGAACCCAUUUCGAUCUCGCCAUGCCCAUGUUUCUCAAGAUUGCCGAGUACCGUGCUGGAAUUGUCCCCGUAUCUUACCGCCGAGUACCGUGCCGAAAGAGAGGAGGAAUUAGAUUCACAAUCAACGGAUUCCGUUACUUCAACCUAGUUCUAAUCAGCAAUGUAGCCGGUGCAGGAGACAUUGUUAGAGUAAGCGUCAAAGGUUCAAGAAGUGGAUGGAUGAGCAUGAGCCGCAACUGGGGACAGAACUGGCAAUCAAAUUCUGUCCUGGUGGGACAGUCACUCUCAUUUAGAGUCACCGGGAGUGAUCGUCGAACUUCCACCUCAUGGAACAUUGUUCCGGCUCACUGGCAAUUCGGACAAACAUUUUCCGGAAAAAACUUCAGAGUCUAAUUUAAAAAAUUCGACAAAAAGCUAAAGUUUUGGAAAUUUGAAUUUUACUCCGAUUUUACCCCUUGGCGCCAUUUGCUUUACUUUUGGGCCUUAAAUUACGGCUAGUGCAUGUGUUUAGUAUGUUUGUUGGGGAUUGUAAGUUUAGGUGGUGUAAGGUUUUGUAAUUUUGUUUUUGUUUUGCAACUUUUGUUGUGAGCGAGACUGGGAGAGAUGGACUGAGGAGGUCGCAAAAACAUGCAGCCCGCAGGCCGCAGCUAGCUAAUGAAUUAUCACCAGUACUUGGUGGUGGCCACUGUAGUAAUGUAAUAUAUGAAUGAAUAUAAUAUACGUUUUGUUUUCA